AUGUACAAUCCUGCAGACAUCGUACUGAGAUUCGGCGACCCGGAAGACGCGCUCUACGAGUUUCCUACCAAGGUCCUCGUCGACAACGAAUCAACGCCGUGCUUCUUCAAACAGUGCAACUCGACCAGUCGUGACGGACAAAACGACGACUUCCUGGGCUUGCUGCUGACACCUAUUGAUAUCAAAGCCGCCGGACCCCUGAGCUGCUGCAUUAGCCCUAUCGGGACACGCUGGGCAACCCAGAUCGAGGCAGCUGUUUCCGCGCUUCACAAGGCCGGGAUCGUCUGGGGGGAUGUCAAGGCUGAAAAUGUCCUCGUCGACCGGGACGACAAUGCGUGGAUCAUCGAUUUCGGGGGCGGUUACACUCGCGGCUGGCUGGAUGCUGAUCUCGCUGGGACAGUCUGA